CAGGCGGAAGUGCGGCAGAUUUGGGACGAGCGCAGAGUGGACACGCUACCGUUUAACACUCUCUCUCCACACACAGACUCAUACACACACUCCGAGAUCCGCCUGAACACACCGCUAUGGACGGAACCAGCGAACGGAAGAGUCUCCGAAGGUAACCUGGAGUGUUGAUGUUGUGGGGUCACUAGAGUUCCUCAGAGAUGUCUGGCCCAGGGCUGAUGGACCGCAUGAGGUCAGCGUUCCGGCGGCCGACGGACAACUGGCACCUGAGCGACGCAGCCGCCUUCGACUUCUCCGACGAUCUGGAGGACGAUGAGAUGCCCAGGUUCAGCCAGCUGAAGGUGGUGGUGUCCGGAGAAGCGGACGAGAUUCCUGUGACUUCACGCAACGGUGCAGCGGUCAGCACUCUGCUGGCAGACGACGACGACUCGCUGCUGGGCUCCUCGUCCAGUCUGGGGAGCCCCGGCGUGACCCCUGACCCCUGUGACGGGUGCCACAGGAACAGAGAGCGCGACAAGCGCAGGAGGGUGAUGAGGAAGCUGGGCUUCGCCGCACUGCUCUACUUCCUGUUCAUGGUGGGCGAGCUGAUAGGGGGAUACAUGGCCAACAGUCUGGCCAUCAUGACGGAUGCGCUGCACAUGCUGACCGACCUCAUCGGGAUCGUGGUGUCACUGCUGGCUCUCUGGCUCUCGGCCAAACCUCCCACCUACAGAUUCACCUUCGGCCUCCACAGACUCGAGGUUCUGUCCGCCGGCAUCAGUGUGCUGCUGAUCUACAUCCUGACCGGUGUGCUGCUGAACGAAGCUGUGCUGAGGACCGUCCAUCAGGACUUCACCAUCGACGGAGACGUGAUGCUGAUCACAGCCGCGGUGGGCGUCGCUGUCAACCUGCUGAUGGGCUUCCUCCUCAAUCAGUCCGGUCAUAUUCAUUCUCAUGGCCACGCCCACUCUCAUGGCCACACCCACUCUCACGGUCACAGGUCACCGGGGCGGGGUCAGGCUCAGGGUCAGCGGGGUCAUGGCAGUCUGGCGGUGCGAGCGGCCUUCAUCCACGCUCUGGGGGAUCUGGUUCAGAGCGUCGGUGUUCUUAUCGCUGCGUACAUCGUCAGGUUUAAGCCGGAGUAUAAGCUGGCCGAUCCCAUUUGUACAUACCUGUUCUCCAUACUGGUACUGUUCAGCACAUUCCAGAUCAUCAGAGACACCGGCAUCAUUCUACUGGAGGGUGUUCCCCGUCACGUGGAUGUGUCUGGAAUCAGAGCUGAUCUGCUGAAGCUGCAGCAUGUGGAGUGUGUGGAGGAGCUGAAGCUCUGGGCGCUGACGGCCGAUAAAACCGCAGCCAUCGUUCACCUGCAGCUCGUGCCGGGGAUUGUGGGUAACUGGGAGGAAGUGCAGUCAAAAGCGCGGCGGCUGCUGAUGACGUCACACGGCGUGACACACUGCACAGUGCAGCUGCAGACGCACAGACAGGGGGCGCCACAGUCCUGCACACACUGCCUCACACACAGUGCCUGAACACAGUCUGUCUCUCGCUUUCUCACACACACACACACACACACACACAC